AUGCAGCCAGCAAUGAUGAUGUUUUCCAGCAAAUACUGGGCGCGACGGGGCCUUUCACUGGACUCAGCUGUGCCUCAAGAGUAUCCAUUACCCAGGAAUGUAACUCUAAGCAAAACAAAUUCUGGUAGAAUUGAUGAUAAAAGGGCUAAUAAAGGUACAAGCAAGAAUGAGUCAACAUCAGAAGGUGGUAAAACGGCUGUGGUGUUUUCUUUAAAAAAUGAAGUUGGUGGCUUGGUAAAAGCUCUCAGACUUUUCCAGGAGAAGCAUGUGAGUAUGGUUCAUAUUGAAUCCAGAAAAUCGAAGCGAAGGAAUUCAGAGGUAGAAAUUUUUGUGGAUUGCGACUGCACCAAGAAAGAAUUCAAUGAGCUCAUUCAGCUGUUAAAGUAUGAAACAAACAUUGUGACUCUGAAUCCCCCAGAAAACAUCUGGACUGAUGAGGAAGAGCUGGACUGUGUGCCUUGGUUUCCCCGGAAGAUUGCUGAAUUAGAUAAAUGUUCGCAGAGAGUUCUCAUGUAUGGCUCCGAACUGGAUGCAGAUCACCCUGGAUUUAAGGACAAUGUUUACCGACAGAGAAGAAAAUAUUUUGUAGAUGUUGCCAUGAGUUAUAAAUAUGGUCAACCAAUUCCUAGAGUAGACUAUACACCUGAAGAAAUAAAAACUUGGGGCGUGGUGUUCAGGGAGCUUUCAAAACUGUAUCCUACUCACGCUUGUCGAGAAUAUUUGAAAAACUUCCCAUUACUGACAAAGUACUGUGGCUAUCGAGAUGACAAUGUCCCACAAUUGGAGGAUGUCUCUAUGUUUCUCAAAGAAAGAUCUGGUUUCACAGUCAGACCAGUGGCUGGAUAUUUGUCUCCUCGUGAUUUCUUAGCUGGUCUGGCCUACCGAGUUUUCCACUGUACCCAGUACAUACGCCAUGGUUCGGAUCCCCUUUAUACUCCGGAACCGGAUACAUGCCAUGAACUCCUGGGACAUGUGCCUCUGCUUGCUGAUCCCAAAUUUGCCCAGUUUUCUCAAGAGAUUGGUUUGGCCUCCCUGGGAGCAUCUGAUGAAGAUGUCCAAAAACUUGCUACUUGUUAUUUCUUCACUAUUGAGUUUGGCCUUUGUAAGCAAGAUGGACAACUGAGGGCUUAUGGAGCAGGCCUUUUGUCUUCUAUUGGAGAGCUCAAGCAUGCUCUGUCUGAUAAAGCCAGUGUGAAAACAUUUGAUCCAAAAACAACCUGCUUGCAAGAAUGCCUUAUCACAACUUUCCAGGAAGCUUACUUUGUCUCAGAAAGUUUUGAAGAAGCCAAAGAAAAGAUGAGGGACUUUGCAAAAUCAAUCAACCGUCCCUUUUCUGUUUAUUUCAACCCCUACACCCAAAGCAUUGAAAUUCUGAAAGACACCAGAAGCAUUGAAAAUGUUGUCCAGGAUCUCCGAAGUGACCUGAACACAGUGUGUGAUGCUUUAAGCAAAAUGAAUAGAUAUUUGGGUAUCUGA